CAAUAGACCUGGUAAAAUAAGGAAACACAGACCCAGCAAGGGAAGGGGUCCGUCGGGGUGGUUAGAGUCCAAGAGGCGACGCGAGCCGACGGCGGACGUGCUCUCCUCUCCUCCUCCGGCUCUCCCUCCCCCUCCCCGCAUUCCGUUCCACCGCAUUCCGGGUAUAUUUAGCCGCGCCGCAGGAGGGAUAACUUCCCUAGAGGCAGGCAGGAGGGGGAGGCGCGCGAGCACCCGGACGGCCGUCUCCACCGUCGUUUCUCCGGCCGCCUUCCUUCCAGAUCCCUCCUCACCCAGACGGUCGGUCGGACAAGAUGAUGGGCGGCUUCCUCUCCAGGAUCCUCCUGCUGGUUUUCGGCUAUGCGUAUCCUGCAUACGAGUGCUACAAGACUGUUGAACUGAACAAACCUGAGAUCGAGCAACUCAUAUUCUGGUGUCAGUACUGGAUUUUAGUUGCCCUUAUGACGGUUAUGGAGAGGUUUGGAGAUUUAACAAUAUCAUGGCUACCAUUUUACUCAGAGGCAAAGCUGCUGUUCUUUAUAUACUUGUGGUACCCCAGGACAAAGGGGACUACCUACAUUUAUGGAACUUUCUUUAAACCAUACAUUUCACAGCAUGAGAAUGAAAUUGACCGUAAUUUGCUUGAGUUGAGAGCUCGGGCCAGCGAUGUUGUUGUCGUGUAUGUCCAGAAGGUUGCUGCUGUUGGACAAAAUACCUUCUUUGAUGUUUUGAAGUAUGUUGCGUCACAGUCACCAUCCCAGAAAUCAAAGCAACAACGUCCUCAGGAACCACAGCAGCCUCAGCAACAGCAAUCACAACCACAACCGCAGGUGCAGCAGCAGCAGCCACAAAGGCAAGCGCAGCCUGUUAUGCGCAGAGCAGCAUCCAUCGCUGCUCGGCAAGCAGCAAUGGCACAGCAAGCUCAGGAGACCAAGCCCGUUUCCCCCAAGAUCAAGCGUCAAGCAUCAGCCAAAGGUGGUCCAGCGGCAUCCGUGAAACCAGCCGCGGCUGCUGCAUCCACAGCAAAACCCGAUGAGAAGACAAAGAAAAGCGAGGCGAAACCUGCGGCCGAGCUAGUGCCUGCUCCAGCCACUGAAGCCGUUGUGCCAAGGCCCGAGCCUAAGGCCCAGCCGGCCCCUGAGGCCGAAGUAUCGGACGACAUGGCGAUCGACGAGGCCGACGUUGCUGUGGAGGGCACAGAAGAGGUUGAUCCUGCACUAGAGGAGGAGACGGUCAUGGAGGAGACCAUCCGCGUGACACGUGCCAAGCUAAGGAGGCGCGCCGCCGCCGAGGCGGGCGCAUGAAACUAGCUGCAAACCAUUGUUUUAUUGGCGCAUGGUGUUGUUGCUCCUAUUUUUUGAGUCUUUUUUAGAUUGUCAUGUUGUCUGGUGGAGAGAAUAUCUGUUGGUCAUCCAAUUGGUCCUUCUGUUUCAGAGUUAUCACCCGUUCCUUUCUUCUUUCUUGUGGCUCUCGCUGGCCUGUUUAUGUGCCUGGAAGUUGUAAAUAUCACCGGGCAUAUGUAUAUACAGAUUGUUGGCAUGUGCUACGGCCUACGAAUGCAUCUAGCUUGAUUCUGGUCA